CCUGGAGUGGGUUGGAUGUGCGGUACCCGUGAGGAGACUACACUUUGUCAAUAAUUUCUUCUCCAUCGGCUGUUGCUUAUACUAUAUCUACUCCAGGACUUGGACUUCCCAACAUUGCUACCACAAUUCGACGCCCAACCGGUAGUCACAAGCGAUUCACCACAUCCGAAUACUUAUUUGCCGUGUCAGAAAUACAAUCUAGACAACCAUGUCCGACGAUGGCGCAACUCCGCGGGAAUUGGUGGUCGAAGCCUGCCGGCGGGACCAGCCACACCUCCUCGAGCAAGUCAUGGAGGGACUAGAAGGGAAAUCGAACGAACAGGUCGCGGAAUUCUUCAACGGCGUCACAGACCCUCUAGGAAACCACGCCUUACACAUCUGCGCUACGUACGGUAGCUUCGACACAAUGGACGCCCUCUUCGACAUCCAAUACUUCGAAUGCGACCCCGUCACCCGCCUGGACGAGGACACGCCCCUCCACGUCGCCGUCCGCUACGCCAACGACAAGGACGCCGAGCUCGGGCUGGAGAUGAUCAAGAUGAUGUGCGAGGCCGGCUGCGACCCGCGCGUGCGCAACAAGCACGGCCAGAAGCCCGCCGACCUCGUCUUCAACAACCAGGAGAUCAAGUCCACGCUGCAGCAGGCGGAAUAUAUCCUUGCUGAGGGGCUCAGGGAUACGGCGGAUAAUGGUUCCAUGCAUGAUAGCGCCAGCGAUAGCGACUAAGGGCGGGUUCACAGAGGGGGUGGUUGUUUU